AUUCAUCAUGCACACACCAAACUGAAUUAACACUCUUCACUAAUGGCAAGUACAAAAUUAUCUUGCUUGAUACUAUGUUUGCUACCUCUCUUUCUUGGAUCAAAAGCAGAACAAUGUGGUAGUCAAGCUAAUAGAGCUGUUUGUCCAAAUGGGCUAUGUUGUAGCAAAUUUGGUUGGUGUGGCACCACUGAUCAAUAUUGUGGAGCUGGUUGUCAGAGCCAGUGUAGAUCUUCUUCAACACCGACACCAUCGACACCAACACCUGGUACCGGUGGUGGUGGAGAUGUUGGAAGGCUUGUGCCUUCUUUUCUGUUUGAUCAAAUGCUUAAAUAUCGAAAUGAUGCACGAUGCCCUGGGCAUGGAUUUUAUACCUACGAUGGUUUCAUUGCCGCGACUAGAUCUUUUAAUGGAUUUGGUACUACUGGUGAUGAUACCACCCGUAAGAGGGAGCUCGCUGCUUUCUUGGCUCAAACUUCUCAUGAAACCACCGGAGGGUGGUCAAGUGCACCAGACGGUCCAUAUGCGUGGGGAUAUUGCUUUGUCAAUGAACGUAAUGCCCAGGAAAAAAGAUACUAUGGCAGAGGGCCAAUUCAGCUCACUCACGACUACAAUUAUGGUCAAGCGGGAAAAGCCAUCAAUCAAGAUUUGAUAAACAAUCCGGAUUUAGUGUCCACAAACCCAACUGUAUCAUUCAAGACAGCCAUAUGGUUUUGGAUGACCCCUCAAGGAAACAAGCCAUCAAGCCAUGAUGUGAUUAUUGGAAGAUGGACGCCAUCGGGUGCAGACAGGUCAGCCGGACGGGUCCCCGGAUACGGCGUGAUCACCAACAUAAUCAACGGUGGGCUCGAAUGCGGGCAUGGACAGGAUGCUCGAGUUAAUGAUCGGAUCGGGUUUUAUAGAAGGUAUUGUCAAAUAUUGGGAGUGAGUCCUGGUGAUAACUUGGAUUGCAACAACCAAAGAUCAUUUGCUUAAGCGAGUUACCUAUGUUAAUGUUAUAAAUAAAGUAUAGUAAUAAAGGGAUCACAAAUCACAAUGAGUGAUCCUACAUGUAACUGGAAUCUUCUUGCUAAAUAAAACCGCUUCUAUAAAGUUUAAAUGAA